GAGCCAAGCCUUCAAUCAGUUACUUAGAAACCUCAUAGCGCACAGCUUCCUAGAAUGGUUACCAGCAGCUGUAGCUUCUUGGCCAUUGCCAUGGCCCUCACUAUCCUAAGCGGCAACAUGACCCACGCCGGUCGCCUCCUGGCCGACUCGACGGAGGCAGCAUCCCCCAAUGCAACCCCUGCCGCCGUCCCAGGCAUCCCCGCACCGAAGCCGCCCGUGUCCACCAUGCCUACUACACUCCCACCGAUACCAACAGUGCCCGCGGUCACCAUACCACAGGUUACGGUGCCGCCGAUGCCGGCUGUGCCAGCGAUCACUGUUCCCCAGUUCACAGUGCCCCCCAUGCCUGCUAUCCCCGCGAUCACCGUGCCCCAGGUCACGUUGCCGCCCAUGCCAGCUGUUGUGGUGCCGAAGGUGACGCUGCCGCCGAUGCCAUUCAUCCCCAAGGUGACAUUGCCUCCGAUGCCUUCAAUUCCGACUAUGACCAUGCCGAUGCCAUUCCUUGCGCCACCUCCUUCUGCAUAGGCAUGAAGAAGAGCCCGCCGUCCAGGAUUUUACAUUGUUCUCUUAAUGGUUUUAGCCAUGUUCAUUGAAUGAUCAAUGUGACUUUGGUCAUGACAGGGCUUCAGCAUCUUAUUAUCCGGUUCCUAUUUUGUAUGUGUGUUUAUGUAUGUAAUAUGAGCUUUGUUUUGAUUAACACAGUGAUCAUGUAUGUAGGUUUAUCACACUUAAUAUCAGACAUACUUUAUGUGA